AUGACAUUGAAAUCCAAAUGUACCCAUCGUGAAGCUGAGUCAUUGAUUCCAUCCGUUACUACUCCGCCCACACAGUGCUAGGUAUUUGUGUGAAAGCCUGGCAGCAACUGCCGCUACCAGAAGUUUUCGAACAUGGCCGACGGCACGCCCGUGCCAGGGAGUGUGUGGUUCUAUGCUCCGACCAACGUCGCCCCGAUCCCGUUCGCCGUCCUGUUUGGGAUUUCAGCGGUGUUCCAUCUUUGGCAGUGUUUCCACUACCGCUGCUUCUGGGUAACCGCCUACCUACCGUUCUGCAAUGCCCUUUUCACUGCGGGUUUUGCCCUCCGCGAAGUCGGCGCUUUCAACUACGGCAAUGUCAACGUCUAUCUCGCCAGCACCCUCAUGGUGUAUAUGGCCCCCCCGAUUCUCGAACUCGCAAACUACCACAUCCUGGGCCGCACGCUCUACUAUGUCCCCUACUUCUCGCCCAUCCACCCGGGCCGCGUGCUCACCACCCUCGGCUCGCUCUCAGCCAUGGUCGAAGUCCUCAACGCCUUGGGCGUCGCCUAUCUGACGACCAGCCGCACCCCGGACGCCAAGCACUACGCGCUGGGCAGCAACCUGCUUCGCGCCUCGCUAGCCCUCCAGCUGGCCGUCAUCCUGCUGUUCUACUCGCUCGCGGGGCUGUUCCACGUCCGGUGUGCCGGGGCCGGCGUGGGACACCGCCACCGCCGCGUUCGCGCCGUGCUGGUGUCGCUAUACGUGAGCAUGGCGCUCAUCCUCGCACGGACCGUAUACCGUGCGGUGGAGCACUUUGCCGCCCCCAUCGCAGCGGGUGGUGGUGCUGCUGAGGCCUGGCGCAACCUCAGCCCCGUGAUCCGGUACGAGUGGUUCUUUUGGGUGUUUGAGGCCACGCCCAUGCUGAUCAACGUCCUCAUGUGGAACGCGCGCCAUCCGCGCAUAUACUUGCCGCAGAGCUACCGGCAGUACCUGGCGCAGGACGGGGAGACGGAGCUGGACGGCCCAGGCUGGGGGGAUAAGCGGAAUAAGGUCAUGACGCUGGUGGAUCCGUUUGGUUUCUUGUCUAUGUGUGAGAAGGGGAGGACGGGGGAGCCGUUCUGGGAGAGGAAUGGGUAUCACCAUGUCCUUGUGAACAUGAAGGGAACAGAGAGGCAGGCGCCGGUCUGAGCGUAGGUGCCGUGGAUAUACGUGAAUGGGUGGCUUGCGAAGACGUUCCUUGGCUGGGGUAUCUGCUCGCCGUGAGGCGAUGGACAGUCGUUUGUUUGGAUGAGCGACUUCAGCCGAAUCUCACAAAGAAGUACUUGAUUUGUGUGGGUAACGAGGUUGUGGUCCUUGUGGAAGAGGGACAGGUCUUGCUUGUACGGUUGGUGGGCUGGGACGGUGAUAUUUUGGGGGGACGGGAGCAGAUGCAGAAACUAAGCCU